AUGGACCCUUCUAUUUCCGAUGAAAAAGAACAUGAAUCCGAGAAAGAGCAGUUAAAGGCUCCUGUUAUUGAAGAAGGUGAUUCAAUUGGGCUUAGACUUCUGGGUUUGCUUCUACAAUGUGUAGAGUGUGUCGCGAUGGACAAUCUAGACGACGUCGGCCAGCUUCUAUCGGAGAUUGCAGAGCUUUCUUCUCCCUUUGGCUCAUUAGCGCAAUGCGUCGGGGUGUCCUUCGCAGACGCACUGUCGUCUCGAAUUAUUAGCUCCUACUUGGUUAUUUACUCAUCCCUCACCAUACUCUACAAAACCCACCAAGAAAAGCUACUCAAUGCCCUCCAAAUCUACAAUUCACUAAGCCCUUUGAUCAAUUUUUUACAUUUCACAGCCAAUCAAGCUUUCCAAGAGGCACUGGAUGGUAUAGAUCAUGUCCACUUCAUUGACCUCAACAUCAUACAAGGACUCCAGUGGUCGGGUUUGUUUCACAUCCUAGCUUCAAAAUCCUGA